GCAGUACUUAUAAAUUAAGCUGAAGUUACCUCCAACUAGUUUAGUUAUAGAGAUCGGCUUCGUAACACCGGGAGCCUCGACAAACAGCUACCAAGAGAAACGUUGGAAAUCGCCUAUCUGUUCAAUAAUCAAGUUGAAGAUUUUAUAAGCUCGAAUGGGAAUCAAUAUCUCUUCAGUUUACAAGCAGACAGUGAUUGAGAGGACAGGUAAACUUGACGCUGGUGAGUUUGAACUACAGUUCUUUGAUUCCCGCUACAUGUUGAAAGAAGAAGAUGAAGAAAAGUGGAGUGGCUGGUUGAAGCCCUCCUGUAUACCAAUUACCAUUAUUCUUAUCUUGAUCAUCUUGGUAGUUCUCCUUCCUUUGCUAGACCAUGAAAAGAAUGAUGAUAAUGCCACAGCAGGUUUAAAUAAUUUAAAGUAUUUAAGGAGAAACUGUUCCAAUACAUGUGUUUUUCAACUUGUUGAAAGCAUUCCUGAAAACAUGACAUAUACUAAAGGUUCACCUCUACAUCCAUCAGUUUUUCAUGGCUGGCUUGAUUUAAUUGAGAAAGCUCAAAAUACCAUUGACAUUGCCUCAUUUUACUGGACACUUCAAGACAGUGAUGUUACACCAGAUCCAUCUGCUUGGGAGGGUGAACAUGUUUUUCAAGAAUUACUUCAUGCUGGAACCAGACGAGGAAUUCAUAUAAGGAUAGCUCAGAAUAAGCCAUCUAUAUAUCAACCAAAUUAUGAUACUGAGUACUUAGUGAGAAAGGGGGCUGCAAAAGUACACAGUGUAGACUUUGACAGACUGAUAGGUGCUGGAGUCUUACAUACAAAAAUGUGGUUGAUUGACAGCCAACAUUUUUACAUAGGUAGUGCUAACAUGGAUUGGAGAUCUCUGACUCAGGUUAAAGAACUUGGAGUGAUAGUGUACAAUUGUAGUUGUCUAGCAACAGACCUUGCUAAGAUAUUUGAAGUGUACUGGAUGUUGGGAAAAAAAGGAGCUGACAUUCCUUCAACAUGGCCAUCUUCUCUUUAUACCAACAUCAAUGCUGAAACACCAUUAGCUGUGUCAAUGAAUGAUACAUUAACCAGUGUCUAUCUGUCUAGUUCACCACCACAGUUUUGUCCUAAUGGAAGAACUAAUGACAUUGACAGUAUCCUAGAUGUGAUCAGUAAAGCACAGAAAUACAUUUAUGUGGCUGUUAUGGAUUAUUUUCCAAGUACACUGUAUACAGAAAACAAACGAUACUGGCCUAUCAUUGAUGAUGCUCUUAGAAAAGCUGCAGUUGAAAGACAAAUACAUGUGCGUCUCUUAGCCAGUUGGUGGAAUCAUACACGUUCUUCUAUGAUAUACUUCCUUCGUUCUUUGGCUGUCUUGAACAGCAGUGAUUCUUAUAUUGAAGUGAAACUUUUUAUAGUGCCAUCUUACUCUGAAGCUCAAGGAAAAAUUCCCUUUGCUCGAGUCAAUCACAACAAAUAUAUGGUCACAGAUAACUCUGCAUAUAUUGGAACAUCUAACUGGUCUGGAGACUACUUUAUCAACACUGGUGGGAUUGGUUUUAUUUUAAAUCAAUCACAAACUGGAACAGCUUCCAGUCAACCAAUCACAGAGCAAUUGACUGCUGUUUUUGAAAGAGACUGGUUUUCAGAAUUUGCCCAUUCACUUUCAGAAUUUGAAGAAUAUGGUUGAAAUAAAUAACUUUUUUCAAAUAUGGAUGCAUAAUGUAAAUGUAUUAAAUAAUGUAAAAAGUUUAAAAAAAACAGAGAAUGAAGGACCAAAGAUAUUUAACUGGUUGUAUUUUUUUAGCUUAAAAUGGUGGAUAUUUUUAAAAAACAAUAAUCACAAUGAAAAUUUUUAUUGUAGAAAUUUUAUGUCUUAAUUUAUCACUGAUUACUUAUUUUACACAAUUACAAAUUGUACACAAUGUUAAGAAUUUUUAACAAACAGUUUUGAGUCUGCGAGGUGAUUGUGACAUAUAUGUGUAUAUAUAUGCAAUAUGCAUAUACACACAUUUUUUAAUCAUAUUAUUUUAAUGCUAACUAAUACUAAAACAUAUGUUUCAGUUGGUAUAUAAUAGAAAAAGUUGUAAAUGAAGAUGGCAAUUGUAAAAUAAGGACAGUGUUUCCAUAAUGUAUAUAACUUUUGAUGCUCUGCAAUGCCAUGUUAGAUAGCUAGGCACAUUCAUGUACUUUGUAUAGUCUUUAAGUAUUCAUAUUUUUACUCUUAAAUAUAUUAUAUCACUGUUAUUGCUAAGUAGUACAGCAUUUUAUUUGAGUUUUAACAUUCCACUAUAAAAAAG